UGGGAAGUUGAAAUGAUUGGAAAAAAGAGUUUGACGUGGACACCCUCAGUAAAUCAGAACUCCGUAUGCUCCUCAGCGUGAUGGAAGGGGAGCUGGAGGCCAGAGACCUGGUCAUCGAGGCCCUGCGGGCUCGCAGGAAGGAGGUGUUUGUCCAGGAACGCUAUGGAAGGUUUAAUUUAAAUGACCCGUUCCUGGCACUGCAGAGAGACUACGAAGCAGGUGCUGGCGAUAAAGAGAAGAAGCCAGUCUGUACCAACCCCCUCUCCAUCCUGGAAGCAGUCAUGGGCCACUGCAGAAAAAUGCAGGAAAGGAUGUCCGCACAGCUGGCUGCUGCUGAGAGCAGACAAAAGAAGCUGGAGAUGGAAAAGCUUCAGCUACAAGCCCUUGAGCAAGAGCACAAGAAGCUGGCCUCCCGCCUGGAGGAAGAGCGAGGCAAGAACAAGCAUGUGGUCCUGAUGCUGGUCAAGGAGUGCAAACAGCUCUCCGGCAAAGUCAUAGAUGAGGCCCAAAAGCUAGAAGAAGUAAUGGCCAAACUGGACGAAGAAAAGAAAAAGACCAGUGCAUUAGAAGAGGAACUCUCUGCUGAGAAACGAAGAAGCACAGAAAUGGAAGCUCAGAUGGAAAAACAGCUCUCUGAGUUUGACACUGAACGGGAACAGCUUCGUGCCAAGCUGCACCGAGAAGAAGCACACACCACUGACCUCAAAGAGGAGAUAGACAAGAUGAAGAAAAUGAUUGAGCAACUGAAAAGGGGAACUGACAGCAAACCAAGCCUCUCUCUCCCCCGGAAGGCGAAAGAUAGGCAUUUGGCCUCUAUAUCUGUGGGAACAGAAGGACCUAUGACACGAUCUGUUGCUUGCCAGACAGACCUACCGACAGAAGGCGCUGACCACGUGAAGAAGUUGUCCUUGACUGUGCCUGUAAAGCCUUCCACAGGGAGCCCCCGAGUUUCUGCAAGUGCAAAAGGGAAUGUGUGCACCAAUGCCACCUUGGUCAGACCGGGUAUUGACAGGCAGGCUUCCCAAGGUGACUUGAUUGGCUCCGCUCUACCCACUGUCUCAUCUCCAAGUGCAAAUAGAAUUGAAGAAAAUGGACCCAGCACUGGUUCAACACCAGAUUUAACAAGCACAACCCCACUUCCCAAUAACGCUGCCCCUCCCACCCUGCAAACACUAGGCACAGCUCCCCAGAGCUAUUCGCAAGCUCCGCCUGUGCACAGUUUACACUCACCGUGUGCCAACGCGUCUCUGCAUCCAAGUCUAAACCCACGCGUCCAAGCAGCUAGAUUUAGGUUCCAGGGCAAUGCUAAUGACCCAGACCAAAAUGGAAAUACCACCCAGAGUCCUCCAUCAAGAGAUGUCUCUCCUACAAGUCGUGAAAACCUAGUGGCCAAACAACUGGCUCGGAAUACUGUGACCCAAGCGCUGUCAAGAUUUACCGGCCCUCAAGCGGGAGCACCCCCAAGGCCUGGAGCGCCCCCGGUGGGGGAUGUUGGCACCUACCCUCCUGUUGGUCGGACCAGCGUAAAGACUCCCGGUGGAGCACGAGUUGACAGAGGCAACCCUCCUCCUAUCCCUCCAAAAAAGCCAGGGCUCUCCCAAGCUCCUUCUCCACCCCACCCCCAACUCAAAGUUGUUACGGAUAGCAGCAGGGCCUCCAGUGCUGGGGCCAAAGCGGAUAACAAAACUGUGGCUUCACCUCCUUCCAGUUUACCGCAAGGGAGCAGGGUCCUAAAUGAGGAGAAUCUCCCUAAAUCCUCCUCUCCUCAGCUGCCACCAAAACCGUCCAUAGAUUUAACUGUGGCACCGACAGCCCUGGCCACGUCUCAGAUUGCCCCUGUUUUUGCCACCCUGCUCACUGUAACUAGGAAGCACCAGAGCUCCCUCCAUCCUGCUUCUGAACCCAUCUGUGCCUGGAAAAUACACAAGGUAAAAUGUACCAGAGAGGAGCCUUCUUGCUGGUCACCCUCCCUAACCCCUUUGUUAAUGAGUGGUGGUCCUGCCCCCCUGGCUGGCAGGCCCACCCUUCUUCAGCAAGUUGCUGCCCAGGGAAAUGUCACUUUAUUAUCAAUGCUGCUUAAUGAAGAAGGACUGGACAUUAAUUACUCCUGUGAAGAUGGCCAUUCUGCCUUGUAUUCUGCUGCUAAGAAUGGACAUACAGAUUGUGUGAGAUUGCUGCUGAAUGCCGAAGCCCAAGUCAAUGCUGCUGAUAGAAAUGGCUUUACACCCUUGUGUACUGCAGCUGCUCAGGGACAUUUCAAGUGUGUAGAAUUACUAAUUGCAUAUGAUGCUAACAUUAAUCAUGCUGCUGAUGGAGGACAGACACCUCUAUACCUGGCCUGUAAAAAUGGAAAUAAAGAAUGCAUUAGACUCUUGUUGGAAGCUGGAACUGACCGAAGUGUAAAAACCAGAGAUGGCUGGACACCAGUUCACGCAGCUGUGGACACUGGUCAUGUGGACAGCCUCAAGCUUCUUAUGUACCACAGAGCACCAGCUUGUGGAAAUUCCUUGCAUGAGGAGGAGACCAAGUCAGAUCUCUUGGACUUGGAUGGAGAAGAAGAGAGUCCUGAAGGCACAGCCAAACCUGUUGUUUCUGCAGACCUCAUUAACCAUGCCGACACAGAAGGAUGGACUGCUGCCCAUAUUGCUGCUUCAAAGGGUUUUAAGAAUUGCCUAGAAAUUCUGUGUAGGCAUGGCGGGCUUGAGCCAGAAAGGAGAGAUAAGUGCGGUCGGACUGCACAUGAUGUGGCCACUGAUGACUGCAAGCAUCUGCUGGAGAAUCUGAAUGCUCUUAAAAUACCCUUAAGGAUUUCAGUGGGUGAGAUUCAACCAGGCAACUAUGGUUCCGAUGACUUUGAAUGUGAAAAUACAAUAGGUGCUCUAAGUAUCCGCAAACAGACAUCCUGGGAUGAUUUUUCAAAAGCAGUGAGUCGAGCUCUGACAAGUCAUUUCAAAGCCAUCUCUUCUGAUGGAUGGUGGAGUCUGGAAGAUGUGACGGACAAUAACACCACUAGCUCCAGCAUCGGCCUCAGUGCAAGCAGUGUGCAAUCCAUCAUGCUAGGAGAUGUGCCAUGGUCAGUGGGUCAGAGCCACACCCUGCCCCUGUGGGACUUCAUGAAAAAGAAUAAAGCAGAGCAAGUCACUGUGCUUUUGUCAGGUCCUCAGGAAGGCUGCCUCAGUAGUGUGACGUACACAUCUAUGAUCCCUCUUCAGAUGCUGCAGAACUACCUAAGGCUGGUCGAGCAAUAUCAUACUGUCAUUUUCCAUGGCCCGGAAGGAAGCUUGCAAGAUUACAUAGUACAUCAGCUUGCAGUCUGCAUGAAGCACAGACAGAUGGCUGCAGGAUUCUCUUGUGAGAUAGUGAGAGCUGAAGUGGAUGCUGACUUCUCUAAGGAGCAGCUAGUAGACCUGUUCAUCAGUAGCGCUUAUCUGAUCCCAGUGAAACAAUCUCCUGUUAAUAAGAAAAUCAUCAUCAUCUUAGAGAACUUGGAAAAAGCUUCACUGUCUGAAUUAUUGGGAGAUUUCUUGGCACCUCUGGAAAAUCGCAGCACUGAAAGCCCCUGUACUUUUUCAAAAGGAAACGGAAUGCCAGAAUGUUACUACUUUCAUGAGAACUGCUUUCUGAUGGGCACCAUUGCCAAGGCCUGCCUCCAGGGCUCCGACUUGCUGGUGCAGCAGCAUUUCCGCUGGGUGCAGCUGCGGUGGGAUGGCGAGCCCAUGCAGGGCCUGCUGCAGAGGUCCUUAAGAAGGAAAGUUGUGAAUAAGCUCCGAGGUCGGGUGCCCUCUCCCUGCGAUCCCAUGUGCAAGACGGUGGACUGGGCCCUGGCCGUCUGGCGCCAGCUCAACUCCUGCCUGGCCCGCCUGGGCACACCUGAAGCACUUCUGGGGCCAAAGUAUUUCCUGUCGUGUCCUGUCGUCCCAGGACAUGCCCAAGUGACAGUGAAGUGGAUGUCUAAGCUGUGGAAUGCUGUCAUUGCACCCAGAGUUCAAGAAGCAAUAUUGUCAACAGCCUCAGUGAAAAGACAGCCUGGCCUUGUGCAAACAACUGCCAAGAAGCACCUUAGCCAAGGACAGCGGACUGUGGUGAAAGCUGCUCUCAGCAUCUUGCUCAAUAAAGCCGUUCUGCGUGGCUGUCCCCUCCAGAGAGCAGAGCUCCACCAACAUGCAGUUGAUUUCAAAGGAGGAAGUUUCCCUUUGUUCCUAGUUUCAAGUUACAACAGUUGUAGCAAAAAGAAAGGAGAGAGUGGUGCCUGGAGAAAGGUGAGCACCGGUCCUCACAAGAAAUCUGGCCAUUUCUCUUCCCCCACCUGGAAGAAGCCAGUCCUGAGUGAGAAAGGUAUCAAAAAUACGGCUAGAUCACAGCUGAACUGUAACAGGAGUGCUUCUCUGUCAAAACAAAAGUCUUUAGAGAAUGACCUGUCAUUGAGGUUGAACUUGGAUCAAAGACUCUGUCUGGAUUCGGAUGAUGAAGCAGACCUUGUCAAGGAACUUCAGAGUAUGUGCUCCAGCAAAUCCGAGUCUGAUAUAAGCAAGAUUGCAGAUUCCAGGGAUGAUUUAAGGAGAUUUGAUAGUCCAGGAAACAACCCUACAUUUUCACCAACUGUUCAUAAUCUAAGAAUGCCAGUGUCACAAAAGGUCAGUCCUCUCAGCAGCCAUCAAACCACCGAAUGCAGCAACAGUAAAUCAGAGACUGAGUUGGGUGAUUUAAGAGUUAAAUCUUUCCUUCCUGUUCCUAGAAGUAAAGUUACACAGUGUUCCCAGAACACCAAAAGAAGCAGCAGCAGCAGUAAUACAAGGCAAAUAGAAAUAAACAACAACUCAAAAAACGAGAUUUGGAACUUAACACAAAAUGAACACGUAGAAAAAUCUAACAACUAGGCCUGCCUACAAUAUUCUCACUCUUAACUUCUGUAAAUUUCAAACAGAAACCAAGGACAACAAGAUGUAAAUACCUUCAAAUGAAUAAAAUAUUUUCACAUAAUAUGAAGUAUGAGUGCAGGACCACUAUUCAUUUUUUGUAAAGAAUGUAUUUAUAACCAAUAAUUUGUUGCUUUUUUUCAUUUCUGUAAGAUUGAACUUCAAUAUCAAGAAGUAAUGCUAACUUUUCAAGUAGUUUUAUAAUAGAAUUAUUGUAAUAGUUUUAAUCAACAUGUUCAGGGAGUAUUAAAACUGUGUGUACUGUAUACCUAUAUAUGUAUAUCUAAAUAUGUAUAUAUUUAAGAAAGUCAAGGAAUCAUAUUGCAUCCUAAAAGCUACAAAAUGUGUACAGUGUUGGCUUCGAUAAAGUACCAUUUUAAAUGGAGAUCAUAAUUUUAUGUUCACUUGAUGAGGAAUGACUCAGAAUGAGGCAAUAACUAAUCAUUUCUAAACAAUUACUUUCCAUUAAAAGCCAUAUUAAGUAUUUUGCCUGUUAAAUUCUAGUUUUAUGUUUUAAAUCUUUUAAUAGUUACAUUGCUGAUUGGUUUAUCAUGUAUAUUUAUGCUUAUGAGUUUGCAUUAUGACUGUAAAAUACAAAAUUAUAUAAUGCAAUAAAAUGUUAUUCUUUCUUAUAAAAGUUUUGUACCUAAGUGGAUAUGAAAAAGAUUACAUAAGUGCUUCAAUAAAUUAAUCCAAGAGUUAA